CCUCGGCGAAGCCCGUGCUGCAUAAGAACCCGCUGCUGCAAGACCUGGUGGACAAGUACCGCCAAGCGGCGCUGGAGUUGGAGGCUGGUCCCGAACCCGCCCCUGUGCCCCGUUCUCUGUGUACACCUACACCGCCCCAGGACGGAAGGCGUCGCACUGAGACCAUCACUCACAUGCAAUAGGCAAGAGUGUUUUUAUUUCAAGCAAGCAAGAAGCCACCAUGCAGGGGUCCGCUGCUUACAAAAAUGGCAACCCUAGACAAAGGGUCGUGAGGCUUUCAUGGAAAACUAGAGGAAUUUUAGCAAAGGUGACAGUACAGAAAAGCACUACACAAGUUGUCCAGGAGCUGACUGAGCUGGUGGGACAGCUUGUAGACAUUGUCAAGAGCCUUCAAACGCAAAGACCUAGCUUGGCAUCUGGACUGGACAAUGCUCUAGGCAUCCUGCACAUGGAUUCUUCCUCUGAGGAGGAAUAUCCCUUGGAUUCUCCAAAGCUGGUGACUUUCAGUGCGUCUCAGAAGAAAAUUCAGGAGAUUCUCCGUGACCUAGAAAAAAUUCAGGAAACCCUGCAAGGGAGUGUCACGGGGAACGAAGCUCCUAAAAAACAAGUUGAGGAAAUGGCAUCUUCUGUAGGCCUGCUGCCUGACCAGAGGUAUCCUGUAUCCAGGAAAGCGUCUCAGUUUUCCCUAUGGGCCAUCAGUCCAACCUUUGACCUGAGGAGCCUCUCCUGUAACCUGGAGGUUUCCAACAAUUGCCGAAUGGUGACCGUGUCUCGGGCUCUACAACCCUAUCAUUGGAGUUCCGAGAGAUUCUCAAUUAGCCAGGUCUUAUGCUCUCAGGCCUUCUCUUCUGGGCAGAAGUACUGGGAAGUGGACACUCGGAACUGCAGCCACUGGGCUGUUGGGGUGGCUUCUUGGGGCAUGAAGCGGGACAAGAUGCUGGGAAGGACCAUGGACUCUUGGUGUAUAGAGUGGAGAGGGCCCAGCCAGUUCUCUGCUUGGGCCAUGAUGAAGAAAACAGACUUGUCCUCAGGCCCUCCUGAGGUUGUGGGCGUGUGGCUUGACCUGGAGCUGGGGAAGCUUGCCUUCUACUCAGUGGCUGAUCAGGAGAGGCCUCUGUAUGAGUGUGAGGUCUCCAGCUCCUCUCCUCUGCAUCCUGCCUUCUGGCUGUAUGGCUUAACUCCUGGAAACUACCUGGAAAUACUGUAAGUAAACACAUGAAGCUCCCCCUGGGGCUAGGACAGUGGCUUCUUAGACUUUCUGGUUAGGGGCAACUGGAGAAUUCCACUUAGGGAGACUGGAUAUGGUAGCACAUGCCUAUAACUCCAGCACUUGGGAAGUGGAGGCAGGAGGAUCACUGCAAGUUCCAGGCCAGCAAUGAUGAACAAAGAGAGUUCAAGGCCAGCAUUGACUCUGCCCUCUUUUAAAGUUAGUCUUUUUUGGAUGGGGCAGGAUUAACUUUAAACAGGUUUGAGCUCUUUAAACCUGAGACAUUUCAGAGAAAGGACUGGUCUGGAGUGUCUCCUCACAGUGACCUCUGAGGCCUCAGAAUAGCCUACUUAAUAAGAAGGACUUCGGACCAUUGAAAGACUUCGGACUGUUCUCUGUGGCCUCAUCUGGGACUGAACCGUUCAAUCAGGCUGUGGCCAACAAGUCACACCUACAUGACUGACACCCACCACCCUCAGUUGAAAGCCUAACCCAACAGCAUAGCUGAGUGAACAUCUCUAGCGUAUGCUAUGAAUGUCCUCACUUACCUCUGUUGGAAGGGUGGAGCGCUGUCCUAUGACUGGUAAGAGGGAGUGCUCCUGGACCCUACCUCGUGUGCCUUUUUCUACUGUUCAUUUUAUUCUGGGGACUUUUGCUGUAGUAAACUGCAGUCGCGACUGUCGUAGCUGUGCUGAGUUCAGUGGGUCUUAGAGUGAUCUUUGAAGCAUAUAGUGACCUUAAGGACCCACAAGCAGAAGGGAUAUAUGUUAUUUAGUCAUUGUCGUGCAAUAAUAGUUCCACGAGGACAGGUAAAGAUGGACCAGCGGUUAAGAGAACCGACUGCUCUUCCAGAGGUCCUGAGUUCAAUUCCCAGCAACCACAUGGUGGCUCACAACCAUCUGUAAUGGGAUCCGAUGCCCUCUUCUGGUGUGUCUGAGGACAGCUACAGUGUACCCAUAUACAUUAAAUAAAUAUUUUUUAAUAAGUUCCAUGAAUUUAUUGCUUUAAAAUCAUACCCAGGCUGGGGUGUGACUUAGCGAUAGAGUCUACGUUGCAUGCACAAAGCCCUAGGUUCUGUCCUCUGCCUUUCCUGAUAACAGAACCAGAACACCUGAACUUCAUCAAUGACAGCUAUUAACCCAGUACUGUCACCUUGGUGUUUUUUGGUUUUUUUUUUUUUUUUUUUUGGCAGUCUCUAGGUAGCCCUUGCUGUCCUGGAAUUUGCUAUUUAGUUCAGACUGACUUCUAACUCAGAGAUUCACCUGGUUCUACCUCAAGAGAGCUGAGAUUAAGGACAGCACCAAAGGCAUUUUCUUUGAUAUGUGUGGGGAUGGACAUAUUGACAGGUUGUGAGCCAGGGCGUCUCCUUCUAUAGGAAUGGAAGGUAACUGGCUGCAUCUUGGUGUACAAAUCUUAACAGAAAGGGUGUUGUUGUUGUUGUUGUUUCUCAACAGGCCUAAGCUUCAAUUAUAUUAGAGUUACAAAAUUUCCCUUUCUACAGUUUCUAACAAGCCUUUUUAGUAGCUUAUCUUGAAGUUAUAGUGGAGGCAGCAUUGUAAAAUUUAAUAGUUCCUAAGCAAGUUUAUUGGUAAAUCCUUUAUAACAUCAACUUGUUACUCCCAGUUUAUCAACUGAUACUCCCAGUAUCAAUAUUGUGUGUGUAUGUGUGUGUGUGUGUCUGUCUGUCUAUCUAUCUAUCUAUCUAUCUAUCUAUCUAUCUAUCUAUCUAUCAUCUAUCUUUCUAUUUCAUUCUGCCCUCAGUAUUUAUUAUCAGGUUCUGUUUAAAUCUCCAUAGUGAACCAACUACGAAUCAAGAAUACUUAGAGGGGGCUGGGGAUUUAGCUCAGUGGUAGAGCGUUUGCCUAGCAAGCGCAAGACCCUGGGUUCAGUCCCCAGCUAAAAAAAAAAAAAAAAAAAAAAAAAAAAAAGAA